UUCUGAUGACGUAGUUGGUGUUUACAAUGGCGGCUCCUUGCUAAAUGAACUGAGGUAUUCUGAGCUGCAGAAACUGUACACAUUAACUAAAAUAAUAACAUCAAAGGAGUCGUUUAAAAAUGUCCAACCGCACAGCUUAUUUCUACGACCCGGACGUCGGUAACUUCCACUAUGGUGCUGGCCACCCUAUGAAGCCCCACCGCCUGUCCCUGACCCACAGCCUGGUGCUGCACUACGGCCUCUACAAGAAGAUGAUGGUGUUCAAGCCCUACAAGGCCUCUCAACACGACAUGUGCCGCUUCCACUCAGAGGACUACAUUGACUUCCUGCAGAAGGUCAGCCCCAACAACAUGCAGGGCUUCACCAAGAGCCUGAACACCUUCAACGUCGGUGACGACUGUCCUGUGUUUCCAGGCCUCUUUGAGUUCUGUUCCAGAUACACAGGAGCAUCAUUACAAGGAGCUACACAGCUCAACCACAAGAUCUGUGACAUUGCCAUCAACUGGGCCGGGGGGCUGCAUCAUGCUAAGAAGUUUGAGGCUUCAGGGUUUUGCUACGUCAACGAUAUCGUCAUCAGCAUCCUGGAGUUACUCAAGUACCACCCUAGGGUGCUCUACAUAGACAUCGACAUUCACCAUGGCGACGGCGUCCAGGAAGCCUUCUACCUGACCGACCGCGUCAUGACCGUGUCCUUCCACAAGUACGGGAACUACUUCUUCCCUGGCACAGGUGACAUGUACGAAGUGGGCGCCGAAAGCGGCCGCUACUAUUGCCUCAACGUCCCCCUCCGAGACGGCAUCGACGACCAGAGCUACAGACAACUAUUCCAGCCGGUCAUCAAGCAGGUUGUCGAUUUCUACCAGCCCACAUGCAUAGUUCUGCAGUGUGGAGCCGAUUCUCUGGGCUGUGAUCGACUGGGCUGCUUCAACCUCAGUAUACGAGGACACGGGGAGUGUGUGGAGUUUGUGAAGAGCUUUGGCAUUCCUCUGUUGGUGCUGGGUGGCGGGGGCUACACCGUCAGGAACGUAGCGCGCUGUUGGACCUAUGAGACGUCGCUGCUGGUCGAUGAGCCCAUCAGUGAUGAGCUGCCUUAUAGCGAGUACUUUGAGUACUUUGCUCCGGACUUCACCCUUCACCCAGACGUCAGCACCAGGAUAGAGAACCAGAACACCAGACAGUACCUGGAGCAGAUCCGGCAGACGGUGUUUGAGAACCUGAAGAUGCUGAACCACGCCCCCAGCGUGCAGAUCCACGACGUGCCCAACGACCUGCUGAGCUACGACCGCACGGACGAGCCCGACCCCGACGAGAGGGGCGCCGAGGACGGCUACAGCAGACCCGAGGCUGCCGGCGAGUUCUACGACGGCGACCACGACAACGACAAAGAGAGCGACGUGGAGAUCUGACCCGGGACAGACGGACACCCGUCCACCUCUUCCACCUCCCCCACUCGCUCCCCCGCUCAAUCCAUCCAUCCUCCUCCUCCUACCACAACCCCCGAAGACGCACCCUCUGCGAGGGCCCCUGGCGUACCGUCAGACGCCAUGUGGACCAGCCAUCGGCUCCGUUCACCUAGAGGCCAUCUUGGUUCUGAACGCUAUCUUGGGGAAUAGAGGGCAGAUCCACGAUCACCCAGAUAGGGUUUAGAACCAAAAUCGAGCCAAGAUGGCCGCUAAGUAAAUAUGGCCCAUUUCCGAGACACCUCUAAAGCUCUUGCCCUUGGGUCAUCCCCUGUGGGCGUGUCCAUGGUUAGGACACGCCCUCAUGUGAUUCAGUCCACAUGACCUCUGGGGGUCAAAAUAGGGGCCCCUUUGAACCGGUCAGGGUUCACCACCAGCGACCCACGUUGUGUAUUGUAUUGUUUUCAUCGUCACACACAUUGUAAGGAUGUUUUGUCCGGCACCCUGCUGCCACUGAGGUGUAAGGGUGAUUCCUUCCAGACCUUGGUUAAAGCGUUCGCGUCCUAAAUGGAUCUUGUUGUUGUGGGCUUAAUGUAGACGCUGGAAUUUGUGUUGGCAGGUCUGUAUCUUUCCCAAAUUAGACAAUUAGGAAAUGAGCAACAAGGUAUGUUUUCAUUCGAGCCCCUCCCCCAGCACUGGGCGUGGCUGUUGGGCUGGGAGGGGUCAAUGUGCUACUUAGCUGUGGUUCAUGUGGUUACUAACUGGACUUUAUUCCGGGCCCAAGCCAACAGUGAAGCAGGACGGUGGCCACAGUGGAAAGUCUUUUUCUAUCGUCUGAACUCCACAGGCCUGGUGGAUUUUUAGUCCUGCAGGUUAAAUGUGUUGUUUUUGUUUUUUAUACAUUGAUGCUUUUAAUAAAAAAAAUAUAACCCUUGAA